AACUCUUGGUCACACGGAGAGGCAACGCUAUAUCGUGCGUCGCGCAUGAGGCAGGGGAGCUCUUUUUUUCUCUCCUCCACACAGACCAACCCAACCAAGCAUGGCCACCAGGGUUGUUGCUCCCUCCCUUCUCGCCGUCGGCGGCAGUGUGGCUGCCUUGACCACCCCGUUUCCAUCGAAGAAAGUCGCCUGUCUUCUCGUCAGCAAGCGCUCCAGAAUCUCAGCGCAGCUUGGCGGUGGAGGAGAUGGGGAGGCCAAGUCUGACGGCGAGAAGAAGUUCAUCACCAGAGAAGAGGAGCCAGAACAGUACUGGCAGACUGCUGGGGAGAGGAAAGGGGAGAACCCCAUGAUGACGCCGCUGCCGUAUAUCGUCAUCUUUGGCUUUUCCACCCCUUUCAUCAUCCUAGCCAUUGCAUUUGCCAACGGAUGGAUCAAGGCACCCCUCAUCCGCUGAUCUGAUCAAGCUCUCCUCUCCUCCUUCGACCAACGGCCUGCUGCUUCACUCUGCCUGCUUUGCUUCUGUUCCAUAGAGAUAAGCUUCCAUCUGUUUUGUAUGUAAAUCCAAUCCAAUACUGUAAAAGCUGUAUUUCACUUCUUCGGAGAAGAUCUUUCUAUAGUGCAGUGAACAGAUGUGCAAGAAUAACAUCAGCACUGUACUUGUAAA